UGUUAAAAAUUUUGUCGAAAUAGUUUUAUUUUUUUUUAAUAAAAUUUAAAUAAAGUGCUGUUAUCCGUUGCAAGCUACUGUAGUGUUUUCAGUGUGACGCAUUACUUUAAACCGCAUUGACUGUACUUUAGUACUACAGUAUAUGCGACCUUCACCUCUAUCUUAUACUCUUUGCGCUGGAGGUUGUAGGUUCGAUUCCCUUGGGUGUUGUGUGAGUGAAAAAUGCCGGAAAAUGAGUAAAUAUCCUAAUUUGUGACGAGCCCAAUAAAGAGCAAAAAAAAAGUAAUCUCUCUAGCCCACCAUUUUUUGUUUUAUUCUAUGAGUCCUUUAUUCAUGUUUGUUUUGUGAUUAAUUUUAAGUGCUUUUGUUUUUUUUUGUUUCAUUUUGAAUGAGUCAUUAUCUUAUAUGCUCUUAUAUUGGUUUAUGGGAAGCUUACUUGAAAAGGUUUAAAACAACCGAUUUGAAGGUAUCAUGGCUGAUCCGAGAAUAAAAACCUUGAAAAUAAAAACAGGUGUUGUAAAAAGGUUAGCCAAGGAAAAAACGGUUUACGAAAAAGAAGCGGAUCAGCAAAGAACGCGAGUUGAAAAAUUUAAAGCUGAAGGUAAAGAUGAGCACGACAUCCAUAAACAGGAAGAGGUCUUGCAGGAAUCACUUAUGAUGGUACCUGAUUGUCAAAGACGAUUAGCAAAGGCUUACAUUGAACUCGAUGGUAUAUUAAAUUCUGAGCAAGAUUUAAAGGAAACUGAGGAGUAUUUGACUGCUCAAGUGGUAUUGGAGGAAGCCAAGCUGCAAUUACCAAGUUCCUAA